UCAAUCUGGCAACACGGAAAAAACAACCCUUUCAACACGGAAGUCAAAACGGUUCUGAUUGUAAACCUGGACUAAGGAAACCGCUUCAAAAAAUUAGUAUAAAGCUGCGAUUUUAUUCCGAAUCCCGCUGCUUUCUGCGUGUAUUGAGACAGUUUACAGGCUUGUAUAUCAGUAGGAUUUGUUGUUAUGAUGCUUUAGACUGUGAUGUCAGGAAGCUGGUUGAAGGAUCAGGGACUGAAACGUGUCACAAGCUGCGCGUGCAGCAACACUGGGGCAUGUCGGGUAAGACGUGCCGGCUGUUUCACGUCAUGAGUGUGGUGUAGCUCUACACAUCAGUAUUGUUUAUCCGGUCAGAUAGAGACAGGUGAGUAAAGGUAUCAGCAUGAGCAUGUUUCAGAAGACCUCACUGACCACCAUCAUAGUGGGGGUUUUCAUCGUCUACGUGCUGCACACGUGUUGGGUGAUGUACGGCAUCGUGUAUACAAAACCAUGUGAAAAGCCCAGAGGUGAAACCUGCAUCAGUCCUUAUCUUGCAGGAAAACCUCGCCUGCAGAUGAGCAUCUAUACAGCUUCGCGUGCCAACGCUGAUGGAGGACACACGCUGGUCCACAGAGAGGAUGAUUUUGAUGUGCACACGAGGUUUGAGAGGUUAAUUAACGUGUCCCUGCCGAAGAAGACACGGCAGAACGGAACGCUAUACGGCAUGGUGUUUGUCCAUCAGGCGGGAAUUUCUCCAUGGCAGGAUCCACGCCAAGUGCAUCUGGUCACACAGCUCACUACGUACAUGCUGCCCAAACCUCCAGAGGUCAGCCUGAUCACCGGCCAGGAGCUGCCCCAGCAGCAGGAGCAGAGAACGCCAGGUGGUAAUGGAGAGGCGGACCGACCCGUGUCUCACUGGCGCUCGCGUCUCACGCUGAACAUUGUGGCUGAGAACUUCAUGUUCGACCGAGAGGCCAUACCGAGUGACGUACAUCGCUAUAUGAGAGUGUUUCAGAGUGGGAAGAAGUUUGUGUACCUGCCACUGCUGUUUAUAGACGAGCUGAGUAACCGAGUGAAAGAUUUAGUGGAGAUAAACAGCAGCACCACCGAGUUGCCGCUCACCAUUUCAUACGACACCAUCACGCUGGGAAAGCUGCGCUUCUGGAUCCACAUGCAGGACGCCGUGUACUCGCUGCAGCAGUUCGGCUUCACUGAAAAGGACGCAGAUGAAAUCAAGGGCAUUUUUGUGGACACCAAUCUCUACUUCCUCGCCCUGACCUUCUUUGUCGCCGCCUUUCACCUCUUGUUCGACUUCCUGGCGUUUAAAAAUGAUAUCAGCUUUUGGAAGCAGAAGAAGAGCAUGGUGGGAAUGUCCAGCAAAGCAGUGCUCUGGAGGUGCUUCAGCACUAUAGUGAUUUUCCUCUACCUGCUCGAUGAACAGACGAGCCUGCUGGUGCUCAUCCCUGCUGGAAUAGGAUCUCUGAUCGAGGUGUGGAAAGUAAAGAAAGCCUUCAAAAUCUACAUUUUCUGGAAAGGGAUUACUCCAACGUUUAUGUUCGGCAAAUCCGACGAAUCUGAGAGACGGACGGAGAAAUACGACAGUUUGGCGAUGAAAUAUCUGUCCUACCUGCUGUAUCCGCUGUGUGUGGGCGGAGCUAUUUACGCACUUGUAUUUGUGAAGUACAAAAGUUGGUACUCCUGGCUGAUCAACAGUUUAGUCAACGGAGUAUAUGCUUUUGGAUUCCUCUUCAUGCUACCUCAGCUCUUUGUGAACUACAAGUUAAAGUCGGUGGCUCAUCUACCCUGGAAGGCCUUUAUGUACAAGGCGUUCAACACGUUUAUUGACGACGUCUUUGCCUUCAUAAUCACCAUGCCGACGUCUCAUCGGCUGGCCUGCUUCAGGGACGACGCCGUGUUUAUUAUUUACUUGUAUCAGCGAUGGCUGUAUCCCGUGGACAAGACCAGGGUGAACGAGUACGGCGUGUCUUACGAUGAGGAACCGAAACGAAAAUCGCACAAGGAGUAAACCAAAUCCUCUAAUCCUUCUGCAGGAGACAUCCACACGGACACCCUGAAACAGCGACGAGGACAUGGAUGCACUUUAGAUAUGGGAUCUGCUAUCUUGCUAUGGACUUUUGACUAUUACAUGUGCUUCGUGUUCUCCUGUGUCCUGUUCUCCUCAUGUUCCACGUCUUAAUCCUCAGAUGAAAAUUAAAUCUUCCAAGGGAGGGGUGAUUAUUUAUGAGCCGAAUUGAUGUUAUUGAGCUAAUUGGGUCAGCAUAAGCCCAUAAAUGUCUCUGAUGUGCUCAGGAUAGAGCCGGGUUAGCUCCUUAACACACACUUCAUUCAAUCAGCGCUUAUUAUUAAUGCGUACUGUAUCUACAUGCUGUUCCCUGCUAUCCCUCUUAUGAUCCAAAUGUCGCUAAUUUAAUUUGAUUAUUGCUCUAAUUACUUCCUAAUAGUGAUGGAACAUAAGCUGAGCUGAAGGCAGGAGUACGAUACCUUUCAUUAAAUAGUGUUUAAAAAAAAAGAAAGAAAAGAAAAGUCACAUCCGUGCCAAAUGAACAGGAGGUUUGUUAAGUAGUUGAAGGUCCUGAUGUGAGAUUGUGAUGUUUCUGUGUACAGAGUGUGAAUGAUCUGUGUGGGAGUUUGUGUACUAUAUUCCACUCAAGUGUUUAAAGGACCUCGAUUAGUCAUUUAUUCAUGAUAUCCAUGCUUUGGUUUAUGAGGAGGAUAUUUCUACAUGCUUACAAUGGUAACGUUUAGCACUUUUUGGCAAUUUUUUAUUUUUAUUUUUUAAUCAGAAAACUGAUUGAAGCGUUUCAACUGAAAACAAGAGGCAGUAAAUAAAUGGGAUUGUUUUUCUCCUAAUCACCAUCAGUUCUGUUCCUUACGUUCCUUGUGUAAAGGUGCUCCCAAUAACAGUGACGCAUGAGACGACACACAUCCGAUGUAUGUUUUUAAUAUUCAUUUUCUAAUGUUCUUAUGCUUCUUCAGUGAAAUAAAUGAAAUCCUCCGCAAA